AUGGGUAAGAAGAAGGUUAAAAACAGUCAGGGACUCAGCAGCAUUGCUUCUACCAGCAGUCCCAUCCUGGAGGUCUCCUUCCCCGAACCUUUAUUUGCAUUGCGUUGUCAUCCUGAAAAACCUCUAAUAUUCUCAGGACAGGCUUCAGGCCAUGUUAUGUGCCACAGAUACGAUGCCAAAGUUUUACAAACGCGCAUGAAACGGAGCGAGGAAGUUGCUGCGAAAUCUAGCUCCAAAAAAGGAGAAGAAGAAGACGAAAAAACCAAAAAAAAGUUCUGGGUCGUGGUUGAAGCCAAAGACGACGGCAGCACUGACACCGAGGGUCUAAAAUUGCAAUGGAAGACUAAAAGACACAAGGGAAGCGUGCGUGCCAUGUGUUUGGAUGCUGAUGGAACGCAUCUUUACACCAUUGGUGUGGACUGCGUGCUGAAAAAGGCCAACUCAGAAACCGGUAAAGUGGUCAAAAAAAGACAGAUCACUGAAGAUAUUGGUGUCAAAGUCACGAAGCUCGUCAAAUCAAACACUCACCCAUUUUUACUGGUUGGAGACGAAAAUGGGAAUGUUCUGGUCCUGGACAGUGAAACUUUGGCUCUGAAAACCACGAUCCGGAAAAUUCACUCGGGCGAUGCCAUCAACGACAUUUUCCCCUUCACAGCACAGUCGGUUUACAAAUUCAUCUCCGUGGGCCAAACCACGUUGGCGUACUGGGACUCUCGGGAAUCUAAUGACUCGGACUUCAAGAUCCCGGCCGAUGAUCUGGAAGCAAAGCGUAAAGUUCGGCUGAGUGACGACCAGGAAGACGAGAUCCUGUGUGGAACGUUUGUGGAUCCCCAGAACGGUGAUACACUGGUGUGCGGCAUGGGUGAAGGUCUUCUCACGGUUUGGAAGCCCAAGAAAAACGACCUGGUCGAUCAGAUCAGUCGUAUCAAGGUCAAGAAAAAUGAAAGCUUGGACUGCGUGGUGCCUACUCUGCAAGACGAUGACUCCGUAUGGACCGGCUGUUCUGAUGGCCAAGUUUACAAAGUCAACGUCAAGACAGGGAAGAUAACCGAGAUCCGCAGGCACAGCGGGAUGGAUGAAGUUGUUUUCCUGGAUCUCGACUGCGAAUACCGCCUUGUUUCCGGUGGGAUGGACAAGAUCAAGCUCUGGGAGCUGGUGGAAGACGAAGCAGAUGCCGCGGAUGAGUUUUCUGCGGUUGACAGUGACAGUGGCGACGACAGUGACAGCGAAAGUGACAGCUCUGCUCUGAAUGAAAAUUCCGAUUCGGAGGGAGAUUCCGUCUCUGAUUCUGAUGCCGAAUCGGCUCCGGGUGAUGAUGAUGAUGAUGAUGACUCGGGCGAAGAAGGAGAGCUUGUGGGACUCAGCAAGGAAGAUUUGCUCAAAGAAUUGGACAAAGAUCUCACUGGAAGUGACGAUGAAGGUGGAAAAUCCGGCACGAAGGAAAAACACGCAAGGCAACGCGACGAUUCCAAGCUCGCGUCCAAGAAGCAGAAGCUCGAGCAGAAGCCCUUGACGUCCAAGCAGCUUCGUAACCUGCAGAAACAAGAGCAUGGAAUCAAGAAAUUUUCUGGGCUGUAA